AAAAUCCUCUUUUUUCAUGUCAAGAGUUCCUGUUUUUCCAUCAUUCAUUACAUUGAUGUACUACAAACUUCCACAAUAAGUUAAUGUUAUUGGUGUAACCCGACUUAAGCAAAUCAAAUAUUGUAUCACAAGAUAUAACAUCAUAAUGUGUUUUUUUCCUCAAUCAGUGUAAAUAAAUCAGAUUUCUCUUGUUUCUUCUCCUGAAGCUCUGCCGCCAUCAGUGAAAGACAAAGACAGAGUUUAUUGAAGGACAGUGAGAAGAUGAGUGAUCCAGAACCCUGCAGAAUUAAACAGGAAGAGACUGAAGAACUAAUAGAUGUGAUUGUGAAGGAGGAGAGUGAAGAACUGAGUGAAGAUGAGGAGAAACAUUAUGUCAAAAGUGAAACUGAGACAAAUGCAGAACACAGUAUCUUAAUGGAAAGCACAGCAGUGAAAGGUUUCGUCUGCACUCAGUGUGGAAAGAGUUUCAAGCACAAAUACACUCUCAACGUCCACAUGAAGAUCCACACUGGAGAGAAACGCUACAAGUGUUCACACUGCGAGAAGAGCUUCAUUCAUUCAGGACAACUGAAACAGCACCAGAGGACUCACAGCAGAGAGAAAUCUUUUCACUGCACUGCUUGUGGGAAGAGUUUUAAACAUUUGUGUUCACUGCGAAAACAUGCAAUGAAGCUUCACAACCUGAUUGUGAAGGAGGAGGAGACUGAAGAACUGACUGAAGACAUGAAGGACCACCUUAUUGUUCAUACAAAUGAGAAGAUACACUCCUGCUCUUGGUGUGGAAAGAGUUUCAUACAGCAGUCGCAUUUACGAAAACAUCAGAGGAUCCACACCGGAGAGAAACCGUGCACGUGUCCUCAGUGUGGCACGAGUUUCACACAAUCGUCAAACCUUCUUCGACACAUGCUGAUCCACACUGGAGAGAAAACACACAAGUGUGAUCAAUGCGGGAAAACAUUUUUCAGGCCUUCAGAGCUGACCAUCCAUCUUAGAGUUCAUACCAAGGAGAAGCCUUAUUCUUGCUCUGAGUGUGGAAAGAGUUUUACACGGCAGACACACUUAAAAUCACAUCAGAACGUCCACACUGGCGUGAGAGAGUUUGUGUGCUUCAUGUGUGAGAAGACUUUUAUUAGAGCUGCGGAGUUAAAGCGUCACAUGAGGACCCACACCGGAGAGAAACCGUACGUGUGUUCACACUGCAACAAGAGAUUCGCUCGGUCGGGUGAUCUGAAAAUACAUGAGAUGAUCCACACUGCAGAGAAACCCUACACAUGUACUGAGUGUGGCAAGAGCUUCACUAGAAUAUUAUACAUUUACAAACACAUGAAGAGCCACACUGGAGAGAAAACAAACACGUUCGAUCAAUUAUGCUGAACAUUUCUGGUGGCUGAAGGAUCAUAUUCAAUUUCAUGUAAAGCUACAUUGAUUUCCUUUGCUAGUAAAGAGUUUUACAUCAGAUUUCACUGUAAAAAGUGUGUAUCCUAAUGGGAUAGUUCAACCAAAAAUGAAAAUGUACACUAUUUACUCACUCUCAGGAGGUUCAAAACUUUUAUUCAGUUCUAUUAAUCUUUAUUUCUAUAGCACUUUUACAAUGUAGAUUGUGUCAAAGCAAGUCUAGUAGAUUGAAACAGUGUCAGUCCAGUUUUCAGAGUUGAAGCUCAGUUUAGCUCAGUUCAGUGUGGCUUAAUUUUCACCGCUGAUAGUCCAAACACUGAAAAGCAAAUCCAUCGAUGAGUUUUCGACAGUUAAUCGAUUGUUUAGAGAGUUGCGUGCAGAAUGGUCUUUGUUUGCAUUCUGUCAACAUCAAAAUCUGCAGGACAUCCACAAGUCUCAAACCAUGUAAGCCAGUGGCGACAAACUUCACCAAUCGAUGAAAGUGAAGAAAAAAACAAAACCUAGAAAGAAACCAGGCUCUGUUGGGCACGACCAUUUCUUCUCUGGCAAAACUUUUUGUGCAGAGCUGCAGUCUAGGCACUGGAGAACGCUGGACGUCCAUCGUGGAGAAGCUGCAGAUGUGAGUAGGUCACCGGUGGUUGAGUUUCUUUCAUCUGCUCAACACAAACAGAUAUGGUAAAGAAAUGUGAGAACCUCUAACCAUUGACUUCAAUCGUAGGAAAAGCUAAUACUAUGGACCUCAGUGGUUACAGGGUUUUUAUCUUUCUUCAAAAUAACUUCAUUUGUGUUCAACAGAAGAAAUAAAGUCAUAAUGGUUUGGAGCCAUUUAUGCAGGGGUGUCCAAACUCAGUCCUGGAGGUCUGGUGUCCUGCAAAGUUUAAUUCUAGCCCCAAUCUGACACACCCGGGCAAGCUAAUCAAGCUCUUACUAGGCUUUCUAGAAAAUGUGCAGGACACCAGCCCUCCAGGACCGAGUUUUGGCACCCCUGACUUAGGCUAAAGCCCCUUCAGCAAGGCGAUGCCCUGAACUGGACUUAAUUCACUAAGUGGUGCACCUCAUAAAGAACCCUAAGCUUGCCUGGUGAGGCAGGGUGACUUGUUAUGAGAACCAGGCUUGGGUAUAUAUCCAAGAUUUCUACCACUCCCUUUAGAAGUCAGAUAGCGAACCUGCUAGUGCAUUGAUUUUCCUUUCCCUGAUUUUGUAAUGCUCGUCCUUGAUAGUGAUGGUCUUUGUUUGCAUUCUGUCAAAAUCUGCAGGUCACCAGCCCUUUGAGUUUGGACACCACUGCACUAGAGGAAGAGUAAAGGAUAUUAGAAUAUACAUUUUUAGGGUGAACUAUCUCUUUAAUUUCAGUCAUUUGUAAAUAGGUAACUCUCAAUCAGAGUAAGCUGUAAUUUAUAGGCGGAGAUUAUGCAAAGUAAUUGCAUGUGCAGAAACUAUCUAUGGCUAAAAUAUGUUCAAUAAAACUGUCAAUCUAAAUGUUUUUAUCCAGUUUCUAAAUCUCAGGCACUCUUCAAUAAAUGUGCAGCUGGUGGCGCUUGAGAACACCAGAUG